UUAGUGAAUGGCGAGUCGGUGGUGCCCGAAUCCGGAAAAGGCAAAGUAGAAGAAUGGUGCAUUGGAAGACUCAACCACGGUUUUCUCGGGCCUAGUGGGUUUGACCGUCCCUCGCCGAAAACCGAAGCCUUCCUUGGAACAACAAGCCCAUCUCAGCCCAACUCUUCCCUUCUUCUUCCUCUCCAAAUGUCUCGCCUUCUCUCUGCCACCCCCUCAUCCUCUCUCACUCUCCGCUUGUCCUCUCCCAUCACUCCCUUCUCUCUUUUCCUCUCUCUGCUCCGUUGCGGAUUCCUGAUUAUGGAGGACGACCACCACCACCACCAACACUUCCAUGGGGACCACCUUCUGUCCCCCGCCCCUUCUUUCUCUCAGCUUCUUCUUGCUGAUCACCAUGUGGACCCCUCUCUCCACUCUUCGUCCCUUUUCUCUGUUGCCAAUGGCAACACCCCCACAAUGCUCUGCUUCCAAACCUAUCCAAAUAAUCCACCCGACCUCUUCCUUUCUGAUCCCAAACCUGUCACCCCACACAAGUCUGUCAUCACUUCCAGCGAAUCCUCCUCUGCUUCUUCCUCCUGCAACCACGAGUCUCAAAAAAAACGAAGCGGGUCGGGACAGGAACUGGCGGGAUGUACGGAUUCCGUCGUGACAGCAGCUGGUGGUGGUGGCCGGAGACAGUCUAAGAAGGCCAGAGCGGAGAACCCCGCUUCAACAGGACAUGCAAAGAGGAAGGAGAAACUCGGGGAACGAAUCGCAGCGUUACAACAGCUCGUUUCUCCAUUUGGGAAGACAGAUACAGCGUCUGUGCUUCACGAGGCAAUGGGAUACAUAAGGUUUCUCCACGACCAAGUUCAGGUCCUCUGCUCGCCUUACUUGCAGGGACUUCCUUCUUCGCCUCAUUUGGUUCACGCCCAUCCUGUGCGUCCCAUCCCUUAUCAUCAUCAUUAUCAGGGGGUUGGAUUUGAGAUCAACGCGAGAGAUCGAGAAGCCAGAGGAGAGCUAAGUAGCAGAGGGCUGUGUCUGAUCCCCGUGGAAUCCACCGUACACGUGGCAAGGAGCAACGGUGCUGAUUUCUGGUCACCUGCGAUGGGGAAUCAUAAUGUUUCGCCACCAACAUGAGAAACAUCAAACAUCCAAGGGAUGAAAAGCCAAAUCAUUUUCCGAAGUGUCUCCUUUUUUGGGAAACAGAUUCCGGUGGUUGCUGUGUAUACAUAGACAUUUAAACAUAUGUAUGAAUAUAUAUAUAUAUAUAGCCAAUGUGAAAGGUGGAAAGUGGAGAAGGCAAAGUAAAAGAAAAUGAAAAGGAGGAUGACUUUUAACGAGACUAGUUCACACAUGCAUGGACUUGGGGGUCCAAUGUCGAGGUUUCGCUUUAAACUAUGUAAAAUUCUAUUUUGGUUAAUAUAUAUAUAUAUAUAUAUAUAUUUUGAUAAGGGUAGAUAUAGAAAACAAAUACUUAUGUAUGCAGAGCACUAUUGGUUGGAACGUGUGGCUUAAUUCAGCCAUAAUGCCACAUAUUCUUGCUUGCCUC